AAACACAAAAUGCAUAAUAAUAGGCAGUCAAGUGUGAGGGUGGUGUCGCCUACCAUGGACGAGUCGUGGAGGAUGAGAAUGGGAGCAGGCACGAAGACGAGGCCGAAACCGAACCCGAACCUCCCGCGGCGGAGAUCGACGGAGGAGACCUCAGCGAGGCGAGCCGUCUUCGACUCCCAAACCCUACUACACCCCGACGACUUCACCGACGUCUUCGGAGGCCCUCCUCGGACCGUUCUCUCACGCCAAUUCUCAACCGCCGACUUCGCCAAGUCAUCGAAUCCGUUUUACGAGGAGAUAUUCCGGGAGACUACGGCGCCGAUGAUCGGGAAAGGACGAAACUUGCCGGAGUUCAGGAUUCCGGCGAGCAGAGAGAGGAGCGAUAGGUUUUACAGCGAUAUAUUUGGGAAGAAGAAUGAUGCUGAUGUUCGGAGGUCGAGGUCGAGGUCGAAAUCGAAUUCGUCGUCGGUGUUGAGUUCGGAACAGUUGAGUCCUCUACGGCCGGAGGUGACCGCCGCCGACGACUUCUCGAUCUCGUCGUUUGCUUCGAAGCUCAGGCCAAUAAACAUCCCAUGUAGAUGGAACUCAUCGACAAUGAUGCCGAACGAACACCCUAUGCAACAGGAGAUGCCUUAUUUUGUUCCGUGCAGUCGGUCUUCCCACUUUGAUGACCAAUUUCCCCAAAGUGAGCACAUUGACAACUUCAGAAGCUCCCACUUUGGAUUUUCAAGGCUUGUUUCGUCCCCAGAGAUCAGUAGUAUUGAACCCAAUUCAUAUAGAAAUGUCAAGGUCUCCAUGGAUGAUCUAGAACUCAACUCCCCUUCAUCUGUAGUCUCUUCACUAUGUCAAGAUCAUGAGGUCAAAACCAGCAAAGUUCAAUAUAAAGGAUGGGGAGAACAAGAAAUGGAGCAAGAAGAAGAUGAAGUCAUGAGUUCUUAUGUUAUUGAGAUUAAUGCAGACCAUAGGGAAGGGACAGAGGAAGAAGCACUAGGCGUUGACGAAGCAAUUGCAUGGGCCAAAGAAAAGUUCUAUACACAUCAUUCUGAUCAAAUUUGGAGCAAAUGUGAAAAAGAUCAGUCUGCUGAUGCAGAAGGAUUUUCAGAUGGACAGAUGGAUAGACAAGGAGCAACGCAAUCUCUGCUGGAAGAAGAACCGAAUAAAUGGGCACCUGAAGGAAGAGAACUGGAAAAAGAUAUGGAAAUGGAGGUAUUAGAUGAAGGUAUACGGUUGUGGUCAGCUAGUAAGGAAGCUAACAUCCGGUUGCUGCUCUCGACAUUGCACCAAAUUCUAUGGCCUGACAGUGGUUGGUAUGAAAUCCAUAUAACAAACCUGGUAGAAAGCUCACAAGUGAAAAAGGCUUAUCAGAAAGCAAGGUUGUGUCUGCACCCUGACAAGCUGCAGCAAAGAGGUGCAACGUUCAUGCAAAAAUAUGUUGCAGAGAAGGCAUUUUCAAUUCUCCAGGAAGCAUGGGCAGCAUACAUCUCCCAAGACUUCUUCUUUAGCUAGAGGAUGAGUAGUAGUCAGUCCUCUCUGGAAAGGAAACCUGUUUCAACUCAAAACUGAGGCACCUUAUGUAUAUAUUCAAAGAAAGUGCCAGAGAUGAAACACAUAAUUCCAUUGUUUUUAGUACAGAUGUUUCAAAAACCUGCUUCUUUUGUAUCCAUAUACUGUUGUGUUUUGUCACUCAAUGGCUAGACUAUGUAAUUUUAUAAUAUGAGAAAUGCGUUGCCCACCCCGACCUGAGGUAUGCAUCAAACCCUGGUGUUUUACUCGAGAACUAGAUGUUCACGUCUUCAUCAAGUGAAUCCAACGGCGUGGUGGAUUGAAGGAUGAUAGUGAGAUUACCACGACUAUGAGUUCCUUAUUGAGAUUUCAAUUGUACUUUGCAGAAACAAUCUUGGAGCUCUACUUUUUCUCUUUCUUCCUAUGAGUUUCACCAGUUUCUUUA